AUGAAAACCUUAAUCUAUCUACUUUUCUUUUCACCCUUCACUAUCUCUCUUUUUUAUUUCUUAAGACAUUCUAUCUCCUUGUCUUUUCACCCUUUCCUAUCUCCAUAUUUAUUAUUCCACAUUCUAUCUCCUUGUCUUUUCACCCUUUCCUAUCUCCAUAUUUAUUAUUCCUUAAGACAUUCUAUCACCUUGUCUUUUCACCCUUUCCUAUCUCCAUAUUUAUUAUUCCGUAAGACAUUCUAUCUCCUUGUCUUUUCACCCUUUCCUAUCUCCAUAUUUAUUAUUCCACAUUCUAUCACCUUGUCUUUUCACCCUUUCCUAUCUCCAUAUUUAUUAUUCCUUAAGACAUUCUAUCUCCUUGUCUUUUCACCCUUUCCUAUCUCCAUAUUCAUUAUUCCACAUUCUAUCACCUUGUCUUUUCACCCUUUCCUAUCUCCAUAUUUAUUAUUCCUUAAGACAUUCUAUCUCCUUGUCUUUUCACCCUUUCCUAUCUCCAUAUUUAUUAUUCCACCUUCUAUCACCUUGUCUUUUCACUUCCCUAUCGCUCUUUCGCUAUUCCUUAAGAGCUCCUAUCCAUUUGUCGUUUCCCCCUUCUCUAUCUCUCUUUUCUUAUUCCAUAAGACCUUGUCUUUUCACCCUUCCCUAUUUCUAUUUUAUUAUUCAUUAAGACCUUCUCUCUCUUUGACUUUUCACUAUCCUAUCUCUCUUUCAGCUCCUAUCUCCUUGUCUUUUCCCCCUUUCUUUAUCUCUCUUUUAUUUUUUCUUAAGACCUUCUAUCAAUUUUUCUUUUCACCCUUCCAUAUCUCUCUUUUAGCUGCUAUCUCCUUGUCUUUUCACUAUUCCCUAUCUAUCUUUUAUUAUUCUUUAAGAUCUUCUAAUCUCUUGUCUUUUCACCCUUCUCUAUCUAUCUUUUAUUACUCCUUAAGAGAUCCUAUCUCCUUAGCUCCUAUCUCCUUGUCUUUUCACUCUUCUCUAUCUAUCUUUUAUUAUUCUUUAAGAUCUUCUAAUCUCUUGUCUUUUCACCCUUCUCUAUCUAUCUUUUAUUACUCCUUAAGAGAUCCUAUCUCCUUGUCUUUUAACCCUUCUCUAUCUAUCUUUCAUUAUUACUUAAGAGCUCCUAUCUCCUUGCCUUUUCACUCUUCCCUAUCUAUCUUUUAUUAUUCCUUAAGAGAUCUUAUCUCCUUGUCUUUUCAUCCUUCUCUAUCUCUAGGUCCUAUCUCCUUGUCUUUUUCACUCUUCCCUAUCUAUCUUUUAUUAUUCUGUUUUAAGAGAUCUUAUCUCCUUGUCUUUUCAUCCUUCUCUAUCUCUGUUUUGUUAUUCCUGAAGAGCUCCUAUCUCCUCCUUGCCUUUUCACUCUUCCCUAUCUAUCUUUUAUUAUUCCUUAAGAGAUCUUAUCUCCUUGUGUUUUCAUCCUUCUGUCUUUAUCUCUGUUUUGUUAUUCCUGAAGAUCCUUCCUAUCUCUGUUUUGUCUUUUCAUCUCUUCCUAUCUAUCUUUUAUUAUUCCUUAAGAGAUCUUAUCCCUUGUCUUUUUCAUCCUUCUCUAUCUCUGUUUUGUUAUUCCUGAAGAGCUCCUAUCUCCUUGUCUUUUCACUCUUCCCUAUCUAUCUUUUAUUAUUCCUUAAGAGAUCUUAUCUCCUUGUCUUUUCAUCCUUCUCUAUCUCUGUUUUGUUAUUCCUGAAGAGCUCCUAUCUCCUUGCCUUUUCACUCUUCCCUAUCUAUCUUUUAUUAUUCCUUUCAGAGAUCUUAUCUCUUGUAUUUUUUCCAUCCUCUAUCUCUCUUUUGUUAUUCCUGAAGAGCCCCUAUCUCCUUAGAUCUUAUCCCCUUGUCUUUUCAUCCUUCUCUAUCUCUGUUUUGUUAUUCCUGAAGAGCUCCUAUCUCCUUGUCUUUUCACUCUUCCCUAUCUAUCUUUUAUUAUUCCUUAAGAGAUCUUAUCUCCUUGUCUUUUCAUCCUUCUCUAUCUCUGUUUUGUUAUUCCUGAAGAGCUCCUAUCUCCUUGUCUUUUCACUCUUCCCUAUCUAUCUUUUAUUAUUCCUUAAGAGAUCUUAUCUCCUUGUCUUUUCAUCCUUCUCUAUCUCUGUUUUGUUAUUCCUGAAGAGCUCCUAUCUCCUUGUCUUUUCACUCUUCCCUAUCUAUCUUUUAUUAUUCCUUAAGAGAUCUUAUCCCUUGUCUUUUCAUCCUUCUCUAUCUCUUUUUUUGUUAUUCCUGAAGAGCUCCUAUCUCCUUGUCUUUUCACUCUUCCCUAUCUAUCUUUUAUUAUUCCUUAAGAGAUCCUUAUCUCCUUCUUUUUUUCAUCCUUCUCUAUCUCUGUUUUUAUUAUUCCUGAAGAGCUGUCUUUUUAUCUCCUUGUCUUUUCACUCUUCCUUCUUCUAUCUUCUUUUUAUUCUUCUUUCUUAUCUCCUUGUCUUUUCAUCCUUCUCUAUCUCUAUCUUAUCUUCUUGUCUUUUCAUCCUUCUCUAUCUCUGUUUUGUUAUUCCUGAAGAGCUCCUAUCUCCUUGUCUUUUUCACUCUUCCUAUCUAUCUUUUUUAUUCCUUAAGAGAUCUUAUCUCCUCCCCUUCUAUUUUCUCUUUUCUCUAUCUCUGUUUUGUUAUUCUGAAGAUCUCCUAUCUCCUUGUCUUUUCCUCUUCCCUAUCUAUCUUUUUUAUUAUUCUUUAAGAGAUCUUAUCUUCUUGUCUUUUCAUCCUUCCAUUUCUCUGUUUUGUUAUCUCCUGAAGAGCUCCUAUCUUCUUGCUUUUUCUUCCCUUAUCUUCUUUAAUUAUUCCUUCUUUUCUUCUUAUCUCCUUGUCUUUUCAUCCUUCUCUAUCUCUGUUUUGUUAUUCCUGAAGAGUUUCUUCUCCUUCUUCUUUUUUCUCUUCCCUAUAUAUCUUUUUAUUAUUCGCCACCCAUUUCCUUAUCCCCUUUGUCUUUUCAUCCUUUUCUAUCUCUGUUUUGUUUUUUCUGAAGAGCUCCUAUCUCCUUGUCUUUUUCCUUCUAUCAUUAUCUAUCUUUUAUUAUUCUUUUCUCCUUCUUCUUUUCUUCUUAUCCUCCCUAUCUCCUUCUUUUUUCUUCUCUUUCCCCAUCUAUCUUUUUUCUUUUCUUCUUUCCCUUCUAUCUUUUAUAUUUCCUUUCUUUUCUCCUUCUCUAUUCUGUUUUGUUAUUCCUUCUUCUUCCUAUCUCCUUGCCUUUUCUUCUUUCUUCUUUUAUCUAUCUUUUAUUAUUCCUUAAGAGAUCUUAUCUUCUUCCUUUUCAUCCUUCUUCUAUCUUCUCUUUUGUUAUUCCUGAAGAGCCACCCUUUUCCCUAUCUAAUAUCUCCUUGUCUUUUCACUUUUUUCCCUAUCUUCUUCUUCUUCUUUUAUUAUUCCUUAAGAGAUCUUCUUCUCCUUGUAUUUUCAUCCUUCUUCUAUCUCUGUUUUGUUAUUCCUGAAGAUCUCCUAUCUCCUUGUCUUUCACUCUUCCUUUUUAUCUAUCUUUUAUUCUUUUUUUUUUUAUUCCUUAAGAGAUCUUAUCUCCUUGUCUUUUCAUCCUUCUCUAUCUCUGUUUUGUUCUUCUUCUUCUUCUAUCUCCUUCUUCUUUUUCACCUCUUCCCUAUCUCCUUUCAUUAUUCCCAAACCUCUUAUCUCCUCUUUUCAUUUCUCUUCUCUGUUUUUGUUAUUCCUGAAGACUCCUAUUCUCUUUUUUUUUCACUCUUCCCUAUCUUCUUUUAUUAUUCCUUGAUCUUUUCCCUUGUCUUUUCAUCCUUCUCUUCUCUGUUUUCUUAUUUCUUCUUCUCCUAUCUCCUUGUCUUUUCACUCUUCCCUAUCUAUCUUUUAAUAUUCCUUAAAAUCUUAUCUCCUUGUCUUUUCAUCCUUCUCUAUCUCUGUUUUGUUAUUCUGAAGAGCUCCUAUCUCCUUUUUUUUGUCUCUUCCCUAUCUAUCUUUUAUUAUUCCUUAAGAGAUCUUCUUCUCCCUUGUCUUUUCAUCCUUCUCUCUCUCUUUUUGUUAUUUCCUGAAGAGCUCCUCCUCCUCCUUGUCUUUUCACUCUUCCCUAUCUAUCUCUUUUUGUUAUUCCUUAAGAGAUCUUAUCUCCUUGUCUUUUCAUCCUUUCCCUCUAUCUCUAUCUUUUCUCCUUCUCUUUUCAUCCUUCUCUCUUUCUCUUUUUUUGUUAUUCCUGAAGAGCUCCUAUCUCCUUGUCUUUUCACUCUUCCCUAUCUAUCUUUUAAUUAUUCUUCUUCUUCUUAUCUCCUUGUCUUUUCAUCCUUCUCCAUCUCUCCUUUUUCAUCAUUCCUGAAGAGUUCCUAUCUCCUUAUCUUAUCUCCUUGUCUUUUCAUCCUUCUCUAUCUCUGUUUUGUUAUUCCUUCUUCUCCCUAUCUCCUUGUCUUUUCACUCUUCCCUAUCUAUCUUUUAAUAUUCCUUAAGAAUCUUAUCUCCUCCUCUUUUCAUCCUUCUCUAUCUCUUUUUGUUAUUCCUGUAUUCUCUAUCUUUUUGCCUUUUCACUCUUCCCUAUCUAUCUUUUAUUUUUCCUAUAAGAGAUCUUCUUCUUCUUCUUCUUCUUCUUUUCAUCCUUCUCUUUCUCUAUUUCUUAUCUCCUUGUCUUUUCAUCCUUCUCUAUCUCUGUUUUGUUAUUCCUUCUUCUUCUAUCUUCCUUCUUCUUUUCUUCUCUUCCCUAUCUAUCUUUUAUUAUUCCUUAAGAGAUCUUAUCUCCUUUUUUUUCUUCCUUCUCUAUCUCUUCUCUUCUUCUCCUUCUCCUUCUUCUUCUUCUAUCUUUUUUCUUCUUCUUUCUUAAGAGAUCUUAUCUCCUUUUCUUUACAUCCUUCUCUCCUUCUCUUUUUUGUUAUUCCUGAAGGCUCCUAUCUCCUUAUCUUAUCUCCUUGUCUUUUCUUCUUCUUCUAUCUUGUUUUCUUCUUCCUUUUUUUUCUAUCUUCUCCUUCUUUUUUCCUCUUCCCUAUCUAUCUUUUAUUAUUCCUUAAAGAUCCUUAUCUCCUUGUCUUUUCAUCCUUCUCUAUCUCUAUUUUAUUCUUCUUCUUCUUUUCAUCCUUUCUCUCUCUCUGUUUUGUUAUUCCUGAAGAGCUCCUCUCCUAUCUCCUUAGAUCUUAUCUCCUUGUCUUUUCAUCCUUCUCUAUCUCUCUAUCUUUUUUUUUAUUCCUGAAGAGCUCCUAUCUCCUUGUCUUUUCACUCUUCCCUAUCUAUCUUUUAUUAUUCCUUAAGAGAUCUUAUCUCUUGUCUUUACAUCCUUCUCUAUCUCUGUUUUCAUUAUUCCUGAAACCUAUCUCCUCCUCUCUUUUUUUUUUCUCUUUUCCCUAUCUAUCUUUUAUUAUUCCUAUCUCUUUUUUGAUCUUAUCCAUUUCCUCUUUUCAUCCUUCUCUAUCUCUUUGUUUUGUUAUUCCUCUUCUUCUUCUUCCCUUUCUCCUUGUCUUUUCUUCCUCUUCCCUAUCUAUCUUUUUAUUAUUCCCCAAGAGAUUAUAUCCUUCUUUUCUUUUCAUCCUUCUCUAUCUCUAUUCUCUUUCUCCUUGUUCUUUUCUUCUUCUUCUUCUAUCUUUCUUUUUAAUAUUCCUUACCUCUUCUUAUCUCCUUCAUCAUUUCCCAUCCUCCUCUAUCCUCCUUCCUUUAUUCCUUCUCUUUUCACCUUGCCUUUUCACUCUUCCCUAUCUCUCUUUUUUUAUUCUUAAACCCAUCUUAUCUCCUUGUCUUUUCAUCCUUCUCUAUUCUCUUUUUGUUAUUCCUUCUUCUCCUUCUUCUGUUUGUCUUUUCUUCUUCUCCUAUCUCCUCUUUUAUUAUUUCCAAGAAUCUUAUCUCCUUGUCUUUUCAUCCUUCUCUAUCUCUGUUUUAUCUUAUCUUCUUGUCUUUUCAUCCUUCUCUAUCUCUGUUUUGUUAUUCCUGAAGACCUCCCUAUCUCCUUGUCUUUUCCUCUUUCCUAUCUAUCUUUUCUUAUUCCUUAAGAGAUUAUCUUUCCUUUUCUUUUCAUCCAUUUCUCUAUCUCUCCUUGUUUUUUUAUUCCUGAAUUUUCUUACUUCUUCUCUUCUUGUCUUUUUCAUUCUUCCUAUCUAUCUUUUAUUAUUCCUUAAAGAUCUUCCUCCUUGUCUUUUCAUCCUUCUCUAUCUCUGUAUUUUUUUAUUCCUGCCACCCAUUUCCUAUAAUAUCUCCUUGUCUUUUUCACUCUUCCUAUCUAUCUUUUUUAAUCUUCCUUUCUUCUUCUUAUCUCCUUGUCUUUUCAUCCUUCUCUAUCUCUGUUUUCAUUAUUCCCCAAACCUCCUCCUCCUAUCUCCUUUUUUCUUUUUUCUCUUCCCAAUCUAUCUAUUUUAUUUUUUCCACCCAUUUCUUAUCUCCUUGUCUUUUCAUCCUUCUCUAUCUCUGUUUUGUUAUUCCUCUUCUCCUAUCUCCUUGUCUUUUUUCUUCUCCCCUAUCUAUCUUUUAAUAUUCCUUAGAGAUCUUAUCUCCUUGUCUUUUCAUCCUUCUCUAUCUCUAUCUUAUCUCCUUGUCUUUUCAUCCUUCUCUAUCUCUGUUUUGUCCUUCCUGAAAGAGCUCCUAUCUCCUUGUCUUUUCCUUUUCCCUAUCUAUCUUUUAUUAUUCCUUAAGAGAUCUUAUCUCCUUGUUUUUUCAUCCUUCUCUAUCUCUCCUUUUCUUAUUCCUGAAGAGCUCCUAUCUCCUUGUCUUUUCACUCUUCUUUUCUAUCUUUUAUUAUUCCUUAAGAGAUCUUAUCUCCUUGUCUUUUCAUCCUUCUCUAUCUCUCUUUUUUGUUAUUCCUUCACUUCUAUUCUCCUUAUCUUAUCUCCUUCUCUUUUUUUCAUCCUUCUCUGUCUCUGUUUUGUUAUUCCUGUCUUUUUCCUAUCUCUCUCAUUCUUUUUUUCUUCUUCUUCUUCUAUCUAUCUUUUAUUAUUCUUAAGAGAUCUUAUCCUUGUCUUUUCCUUUUCAUCAUUUCUCUAUCUCUGUUUUUUUAUUCCUGAAGAGCUCCUAUCUCCUUAUCUUAUCUCCUUGUCUUUUCAUCAUUCUUCUCUAUCUCUGUUUUGUUUAUUCCUGAAGAGCUCCUAUCUCCUCCUUGCCUUUUCACUCUUCCCUAUCUAUCUUUUAUUAUUCCUUAAGAGAUCUUAUCUCCUUGUCUUUUCAUCCUUCUCUAUCUCUGUUUUGUUAUUCCUGAAGAGCUCCUAUCUCCUUUGUUUUUUUCCUCUUCCCUAUCUAUCUUUUAAUAUUCCUCCUUUUGAUCUCAUCUCCUUCUCCUAUCUCCUUGCCUUUUCACUCUUCCCUAUCUAUCUUUUAUUAUUCCUUAAGAGAUCUUAUCUCCUUGUCUUUUCAUCCUUCUCUAUCUCUGUUUUGUUAUUCCUGAAGAGCUCCUAUCUCCUUGUCUUUUCACUCUUCCCUAUCUAUCUUUUAUUAUUCCUUAAGAGAUCUUAUCUCCUUGUCUUUUCAUCCUUCUCUAUCUCUGUUUUGUUAUUCCUGAAGAGCUCCUAUCUCCUUGCCUUUUCACUCUUCCCUAUCUAUCUUUUAUUAUUCCUUAAGAGAUCUUAUCUCCUUGUCUUUUCAUCCUUCUCUAUCUCUGUUUUGUUAUUCCUGAAGAGCUCCUAUCUCCUUGUCUUUUCACUCUUCUCUAUCUAUCUUUUAUUAUUCCAUAAGAGAUCUUAUCUCCUUGUCUUUUCAUCCUUCUCUAUCUUUCUUUUAUUAUUUCUUAACACAUUCUUCAAUCUACCUAUUCCCUAUUUCUUCUUUUUCUCCCUCUCAAGGUGUGUACAUUUACUUACUGCCCAGGCGUGA